UGUUUUCAGUUUUUUUUUUAUUCGCACGUAUCGUGCUGAAUACGCAAUGUGGGCAUUUAGGCGUGCCGGAAUGACCCCGGUUGCUCGCACUAUGAUUCAGGCGAAAUUAUUGAAAACAACUGGAUGGUCUUGUACCACGUACAUAUGCGGUUUAGGCAGCUUUAUGACUGAUUUGUACGAUGGCGAGAUCGGAACUGGGUUUUUGAGUGGUUUUAGUAUCAGUAUAACCUCAUAGCUGAGGUUUAAUUUAACCGAGCCUUGAAUCACUGGAAUAUCGAGACCAACACGAUGGAGAAUUAUGGAGGAAAACGAGCAGGACAAAAACCAAUUGAACAUUGAUGAGGAAAUGGAAUUUUCCCACCGGAUACGAGCUUCUGUGGAAUUCAACGAUACCCGAAGCAGUCGAAAUCAAUGAAAUGAUUUUUCCACGUCGAGAUUCACAAGGAUGAAAACAACUUCCAAGAUCUACUCGACAUUCUAGCAAAUCGAAAGAAAUAAAAAUUUUUAUUGAAAUGGUCCAUUCAUCGCGAAAAGGUGGAAUCGUGCAUCGAUAAUAUUCAGAUUUAUCGGAAGUAUGCAGAUUUCCCGGAUCACCUGCCCACUCGACGGUGUACUUUUCCAACGAAACGUUCACCGUCGGUACAGUGGCCACUUACCAAUGUGAAAGAGGAUUCGAAUUGCUGGGUCCAUCGCGAAGAGUCUGCGACAAAUCCGGCCAAUGGAUCCCGGAAGGAAUACCAUUCUGUGUUCUCAACGUAGCUGCCGGAAAAGCCCCGAUGCAAAUCAGUUCGGAGCCUGGAGGCAUCCCUCAAAAAGCCAUCGAUGGAAGCACGAGCUCGUUCUUCAAUCCCGAAACGUGCACUUUAACCAAACCAGAAAGAUUACCCUGGUGGUACGUGAAUCUUCUGGAACCCUACAUGGUGCAACUGGUUCGAUUGGAUUUUGGAAAAUCGUGUUGUGGUAAAAAUAAACCGGCCACUAUUGUUGUGCGAGUCGGAAAUAAUAGACCGGAUUUGGGGACGAAUCCAAUAUGCAACAGAUUCACCGGAUUUUUAGAAGAAGGAAAACCCCUCUUCCUACCCUGCAAUCCUCCUAUGCCGGGAGCAUUUGUCAGCGUGCAUUUAGAAAGCGCCUCAAAUCAGAAUCAACUAUCGAUAUGUGAAACUUUCGUCUAUACUGAUCAAGCUUUACCCAUCGAACGUUGUCCACAAUUCAGGGACCAACCCCCCGGCAGCACGGCCACGUACAAUGGUAAAUGCUACAUCUUCUACAAUCGUCAACCGUUGAAUUUACGAGACGCGAAGACAUUCUGUGAAAGUCGAGGAGGGAGCUUGGUAACUGAAAGUAAUCCAGCUCUGCAAGGUUUUAUCAGUUGGGAACUUUGGAGAAGACACAGAAGCGACACCAACAGUCAGUAUUGGAUGGGUGCUGUACGAGACCCUCAAGAUCGUACUAAUUGGAAAUGGAUCAACGGCAACGACGUCACAGUAUCGUUUUGGAAUCUGCCCGGAGGCAACGAGAACUGCGCCAGAUACGACGGAUCAAAAGGAUGGCUGUGGUCGGACACCAAUUGCAAUGCUCAAAUUAAUUUCAUCUGUCAACACCAACCCAAAGCUUGCGGCAGACCGGAGCAACCACCUAAUUCGACAAUGACCGUAGAGAACUUCAACGUAGGUGCCAUAAUCGAAUACAAUUGCGACGAAGGACAUCUCCUCGUAGGUCCAACCACUCGUAUUUGCCUACCUACCGGUUUCUACAACGAAUUCCCACCAGUGUGUAAAAGAGUCCAAUGCGGAUACCCGGCGGAGAUCCCGAAUGGCGAUUACCGAUUGGUCAACGGAACUGUAAAUUAUCUAAGUCAGGUUGUCUAUACGUGUAACGAAGGCUUUCAAUUACAAGGCAGAGCCGAAUUAACAUGUGAUUUAGAUGAAAGGUGGGAUGGACCGCCGCCCAAAUGUGUUGCUGCUAAAUGCCCCGAACCUGCGGAAAUCGAAAAUGGUGAUGUGUUCGUAUUGAGUAAUUCGACCGAUAUCGGUGCCAUAGUCGAGUACGCUUGUACCUCUCGUAAAUACAAAUUAGUCGGAGCCAAACAACUAAGAUGCUUACCUGGUGGCAUUUAUGAUAAUAAUCCUCCAGCUUGUAAAGAAGACAUCAGAACGACUCUGAAGCCGAUCGAAACUAGGCCACCGUUCACGACGACCGUUUCGGCGAAAACACCGACGCGCGAGAAGCCUCGUCCAUUCUCGACGAAAACAUCGCCGUCACCCAUACUCAAAACUAGUCCAAUUUAUAACGAUGAAAAUGGCAAGACGACGGAGAACACGAAAUUACCGCCGCCAUAUGGCAUAGAUCAUACGCAUCCGUCGCUGAAUGAGAUCGCCGAUGUGAGGAAUAACAUCAAUGCUGUGAAUAUACCGUCUCAUUCGUUGGAGGAUGAUAGGAGGGAGACGUUCGGAGCUAAGCUUAAUAUUGGUGCCAUUGUAGCGUUGGGUGUUUUCGGUGCUUUCGUCUUUCUCGCAGCCGUAGUCACGACAGUCGUGUUAUUAAUCAGAAGAAACAGGAGUAGUUCAAAUACGACGAAACACUACUUACACAGGCCGUCGCCGGAUUGUAACACAAUGGAAUCGUACGAUUCGUCCAGCUCCGAGAGUCGAGGAGGACUAAACCGAUACUACAGACAAGCCUGGGAAAACCUACACCAAUCGGCGAACGGCAAAUUCCACGCUCAAGUACGUCGCAAAGAAACCCUCGAUCCGCGCCUAGAAAGUAUGCGCAGCGGUAGCGAACUAGUGGUCAGUGAUGCGGCCACCGUGUACUCGUCCAAGACGCCCGAAAAGAAGAAACACCACCAUCACCAUCAUCACCAUCCAUCGGAACGUGACUUCAGACAUCAUCAGCAUCAAAAUAAUUCCAAAAGGUCGAGGUAUUAGGAAAAGAUUCACGUGCGUGUGUAGGACCGAAAAUAAUAAAUUAAUGAUAAUUGAUUACCGGUGUUUUGUGAGGAGGUUUUCAUCCCAUCACGUUCCCCAAAGCUUUUUUCUUUCUCUUGAUUAAACACGUCGUCGUUAUUUUGACCUAGUCAAUGUGUACUCUUCUUAGUAGGUACCUAUUUAAUGUACUUAUCGUACUUACGAAAAAUAAAUAAAUAAAUAAAAAGACAAAAACGAUCAACGUGUCGCUCGCCAUCGAUUUGCAUAUCCCAUCGAAUAGGUUAAUUUUUAUUUUCUUCCCCUUUUCCCUUUUAUUUUUUUCUCAUUUUAUCGCCAAGUUUUUCACUCAUAACUGUGAGAGGUGCGUUAUAAUAAUCGAUUGAUUAGACGGUGAUAAUAUUUAGAUACCUGUUGUAUAUUUUUGUAUAUAGGAGAACGUUGUUGUAACGAAUUGAAAGACUUGAUAGACAUCCCUUGGCCUGUUUUUUUCCCUCAUCCCAUUUCCCUGUAUCUUUUUUUCUUUGUUUUAAUAUGUUCUUCUUUCCCCCCUUUUUUUGUAUACGAUUUUUUUCUCUUUUAAAUGUGGUAAAACUAGGCUGAAGCGAUGUCUUUUUUGUUAGUUUGUAAAUAUUAUUAUUAUUUAUUAAUGUUUUGCUAUCUUUUCUUUUUUCUCUUUUUACCAUUAUGUUCAAAUAUUAGUAUAUUAUAAUUUAUUAAUAUUUUAUUUAUAUGUAUGUACCUUAAGUAGGUCGCGUAUUAAUUUACGAAUUUUUUUUUUCGAUUUCGAAACCACUGAUAAUAUCGCAAUUUUUUUUCUUUGUUCUUUUAAUUUUUUUUUUUUAUUAACGACCAUGUGCAUUUAAUUGUGUAUUCUCUGUUUUACUUUCUUCUUCUACUAUUUUUUUUUAUAUCGAAGCUCGAGAAUGUUGCUUUGAAUGCUGUGAGCUUUUUCUUUCUUUCUUUUUUUUUCUUUUUUUUAAAUAAUAGUUUAUUCGUUAUGUGUAGCCAAAUUUUUAUAAUGCUAGCGAUAUAUUGGCUGAUAAAUGGACAUUAUUUAUGUUAUUUUUAAUUUUUAAGAGAAUUCAAUAAAGGCCAUCGUUUUCGUUUUCA